CCCUGCUCCCUGCUCCCGUUACGCAGGGACGGCCAGAGAGCCCAGAAGCUACACUUACAGGGAAGUUUCUUGGCGUUGUAUUGGGGUUCAGAGAGGAUACAGACCCUUGUGAAGCAGCGAGACGCUCCUGGGGCGGAUGGAGAGUCAGCUGGAGGAGGAGUGAGGUGGGAUACCCAUGGAGGUGUGGAGCCUGGUCACCAACCUCUAACUGCAGAACUGGGAUGUGGAGCUGGAAGUGCCUCCUCUUCUGGGCUGUGCUGGUCACAGCCACACUGUGCACUGCCCGGCCGGCCCCAACCUUGCCUGAACAAGCCCAGCCCUGGGGGGCCCCAGUGGAAGUGGAAUCCCUCCUGGUCCACCCUGGUGACCUGCUGCAGCUUCGCUGUCGGCUGCGGGACGAUGUCCAGAGCAUCAACUGGCUGCGGGACGGGGUACAGCUCGUGGAAAGCAACCGUACCCGCAUCACAGGGGAGGAGGUGGAGGUGCGGGACUCCGUGCCUGCCGACUCCGGCCUCUACGCUUGUGUGACCAGCAGUCCCUCUGGCAGCGACACCAGCUACUUCUCCGUCAAUGUCUCAGAUGCGCUCCCCUCCUCGGAGGAUGAUGAUGACGAUGAUGAUUCCUCUUCCGAGGAGAAGGAGACAGACAACACCAAACCAAACCGUAUGCCCGUAGCUCCAUACUGGACGUCCCCAGAGAAGAUGGAAAAGAAACUGCAUGCCGUGCCCGCGGCCAAGACAGUGAAGUUCAAAUGUCCUUCCAGUGGGACCCCCAACCCCACCCUGCGCUGGCUGAAAAACGGCAAAGAAUUCAAACCCGACCAUAGGAUUGGAGGCUACAAGGUCCGCUAUGCCACCUGGAGCAUCAUCAUGGACUCCGUGGUGCCCUCUGACAAGGGCAACUACACCUGCAUCGUGGAGAAUGAGUAUGGAAGCAUCAACCACACCUACCAGCUGGACGUUGUGGAGCGGUCCCCUCACAGGCCUAUCUUGCAGGCAGGGUUGCCUGCCAACAAGACAGUGGCCCUGGGCAGCAAUGUGGAGUUCAUGUGUAAAGUGUACAGUGACCCCCAGCCCCACAUCCAGUGGCUGAAACACAUCGAGGUGAACGGAAGUAAGAUCGGUCCGGACAACCUGCCUUACGUGCAGAUCUUGAAGACUGCUGGAGUUAAUACCACCGACAAGGAGAUGGAAGUGCUCCACUUAAGGAAUGUCUCCUUUGAGGACGCGGGGGAGUAUACGUGCUUGGCGGGUAACUCUAUCGGACUCUCUCAUCACUCUGCAUGGUUGACCGUUCUGGAAGCCCUGGAGGAGAGACCAGCAGUGAUGACCUCGCCCUUCUACCUGGAGAUCAUCAUCUACUGCACAGGGGCCUUCCUCAUCUCCUGCAUGGUGGGCGCAGUCAUCGUCUACAAGAUGAAGAGCGGCACCAAGAAGAGUGACUUCCACAGCCAGAUGGCCGUACACAAGCUGGCCAAGAGCAUCCCUCUGCGCAGACAGGUAACAGUGUCCGCUGACUCCAGUGCAUCCAUGAACUCUGGGGUUCUUCUGGUCCGGCCCUCACGUCUCUCCUCCAGCGGGACCCCAAUGCUAGCUGGGGUCUCUGAAUAUGAGCUUCCUGAAGACCCCCGAUGGGAGCUGCCGCGGGACAGACUGGUCUUAGGCAAACCCCUGGGAGAGGGCUGCUUUGGGCAGGUAGUGUUGGCGGAAGCCAUUGGGCUGGACAAGGACAAACCCAACCGCGUGACCAAAGUGGCUGUGAAGAUGUUGAAGUCUGAUGCAACAGAGAAAGACCUGUCAGACCUGAUCUCUGAGAUGGAGAUGAUGAAGAUGAUUGGAAAGCACAAAAACAUCAUCAACCUGCUGGGGGCCUGCACGCAGGACGGUCCCCUGUAUGUCAUCGUGGAGUAUGCCUCUAAGGGCAACCUGCGGGAGUACCUGCAGGCCCGGCGCCCCCCGGGGCUAGAAUACUGUUACAACCCCAGCCACAAUCCAGAGGAGCAGCUGUCCUCUAAGGACCUGGUGUCCUGUGCCUACCAGGUGGCCCGGGGCAUGGAGUAUCUCGCCUCCAAGAAGUGCAUCCACCGAGACCUGGCCGCCAGGAACGUCCUGGUGACGGAGGACAAUGUGAUGAAGAUCGCAGACUUCGGCCUGGCUCGGGACAUUCAUCACAUCGACUACUACAAGAAGACAACCAAUGGCCGGCUGCCCGUGAAGUGGAUGGCACCUGAGGCGCUGUUUGACCGGAUUUACACACACCAGAGUGACGUAUGGUCUUUUGGGGUCCUCCUGUGGGAAAUCUUCACACUGGGUGGCUCCCCAUAUCCUGGGGUGCCUGUGGAGGAGCUUUUCAAGCUGCUGAAGGAGGGUCAUCGGAUGGACAAGCCCAGUAACUGCACCAAUGAGCUGUACAUGAUGAUGCGGGACUGCUGGCACGCUGUGCCCUCGCAGAGGCCCACCUUCAAGCAGCUGGUGGAAGACCUGGACCGCAUUGUGGCCCUGACCUCUAACCAGGAGUACCUGGACCUGUCGAUGCCCCUGGACCAGUACUCGCCCAGCUUCCCUGACACCCGCAGCUCCACCUGCUCCUCGGGGGAGGAUUCAGUCUUCUCACAUGAGCCACUCCCCGAGGAACCCUGUCUGCCCCGCCCCUCGGCCCAACUUGCCAAUGGCGGACUCAAGAGGCGCUGACCUCGCCUGUCCCUCCCCAGGCCACUGCCACUGCCCCACCUGCUGCAGGAGCCCCGAGGCCUGACCAGGCCUGCUCCCUCCCCCACCCCCCGGGUUCCCCACUUCCCCACUUGCUCUCUGCCUGCCGGUGAGAGAGGAGCGAAGAGGUGCCCGGCCGGCCGAUUCCUUCCUGAAUAUGGACCAGGCCUGGCUGCCCCUGCCCUGGAGGGUCAGGGUGGAGCCAGGUGGAGCUGGGGAGAUCCCUGAGAUCUGGGUACUGGGUCUGUGCCGUGGCUGGCAGCCCCUUGCAUCCUGGUGGCAGGUGCCUUGUCCUCAGGGCUACUAGAGUAGGAGGCCACCACUUCAGGCCUCAGAAGGUAAACGCUGCUCCAAGUAGACGGUGCCAGGGGCUUAUUAAUUCCCAUACUAAUUUGCUUUGCUGACCAAAUACCUGGUACCAGAGGAUGGCGAGGUGGCCAGGGCCCAGCCCUGAACCGGGGCUUUGUACAUAGCUAUGAAGAAACACAAAGUGUAUAAAUCUGAGUAUAUAUUUACAUGUCUUUUUAAAAGGGUCAUUACCAGAGAUUUACCCAUUGGGUAAGAUGCUCCUGGUGGCUUGGAGGCAUCAGUUGCUAUAUAUUAAAAACAAAGAAAAAAGGAAAAAAAAAAAAAAAGGAAAAUGUUUUUAAAAAGGUCAUAUAUUUUUUGCUACUUUUGCUGUUUUAUUUUUUUAAAUUAUGUUCUAAACCUAUUUUCAGUUUAGGUCCCUCAAUAAAAAUUGCUGCUGCUUCA